AUGCCACUUCAAAUGUACUUGGAUGGAGUGGCUCAGAAGCUUAAGGGGUACCUACUCGUGAUUGUAAAAAAUGGAAAUUAUUAUUCGCUUCUCUUGUGCCGCUCGUUAAAAGGGUUUAUCUCGAAGCGUGAUGAUAAUUGCAGCGGUUUUGUCCGUCCGGUUGAGAAGCGGGAUUUGUCCGAGCCGCUUUCUUCGCCGAGGGGCGGGGGCAGCGCAGAUAUUGCUCGUGAUGACGAAGCAGGUGCAGCCAUCACCACUCUCACCGCUCACAUCGCAAUCUCCCCCGAAGAUAAUUUGAAGCACACCCACACUGCGGAGAAACCCCCCAUUGAACUGCAUUCACCUAUAUGCUUUGAUGAGGAGGCGCAUGGGGAUAAUAGCAUGCUGGAAGAGGGAACGCCGGAGGAGACAGAAGAGGCGAAUCCAGUUAGAGAGACUUCCCCUAAUGGAGACUUAGAGGAGCACUCCUCAAGUGAUGACAUAAGACUUGUCAUCGAUCUGCUCAACAGGGUAAACUCCCCCGAGGGGGAAGAAGAAGAUGUGCUCAAUUUGCAUGGUGAGGAUCUGACCAACCGCUGCCCCAUCGAUGGGUACGAAGAUAUGAGCAUUGGGGGAACGACCAUUGGGGGAGUCACCAUCGGGGGAACCACCACUGGGAAUACGCCAGAUGAUGAAGUGACUCCUCAUGGAGAAGACCAAAGCGGUGGCGCAGAAGAGAUGUUUCUAGGUGAACAAGUGGAAGAAACGGAGAGGGAGACAAAUGGGCAGCACAAUGUGAAUGGACAUAUUUGUGCAGAUGAGGAAGAAAUCAAUAGACCGGGAGAGGAUAACCCUGCUGAUGUGCCGCUAACUAGCGAAGAGAAGCAACCCCCCCUGGUCGGUAGCAUCGAAGAGGACCAAAAACUAUUCGCAGAUGAAGUAGUCACUACUGUCACGAAAAAGACCCACGAUGAGGAGAACAAAGAGGAAAGCUACACUGAUACGCAUGGACAAACCGCUCACACCUUAAUAGAGGGGAAGGAACUAUGCAGAGAAGGGCAGCAAAAGGAUGGAGGCGCAGAGGAAGCAAGUUCGUACGAGAGAGAGGCGGACAUUUCACUCCGAAGUGAUUCCCACCCCGUCAAGGAAAAAGACACAACUGAGGGAUGCGAACGGGAGGUAGAGGCAGCGGCAAAAAAGGGGAGUGAUAACCGUGACGAUCAGCAGAGUCCUAACACACCACAGGGGAACCCUCCAAGUGACAAACACAUCAGAGAAGAAAUAGCAGAGGGGCGAUCGGAAGUCCCACUGAACGGUGGGGAGAUAAAAGGAAUUGUAAAAAAUGAAGGCCAAAAAAGUGAAGGCCCAUCUGGAGAGCUCUCCAAAGAAGAGCUAAACGAUAAACUCAUCACCAUGUUCCUAAACGAGUUGUUAACAAGGAAGUACAAAGACAUUUUGAUGGAGGAGGAAAAGGAAGCUCUGAAGAGGGGCCUAACGGUUAAGUACAACGAUACAUAUUUGAAGGAAAAAAAAAAAAUGCAAAAAAAAUUACAAAAAUGCAUGAGGAGGAAACUAAAGGAGGCAGAAAUGCUGCUAAAGAAGAGCUACGAAAGUGAAAAGGAAAUCUUCGCAUGUCUAAUGAGAAAUCAAAAAAGGGAAGAAGUAAAAAUGGAAAGAACUAAGAUAGAAGAUGAAUUAAACAGGGUAAGGAAAAACUACCUGAGCAAAAUAAAUUCCUAUGCAUGUGACGUUGAUGCUAUGAGGGGCAGCCACUUUAGGGAGAAGGUCAAAAUGGAGAAACUAGAGACCAUAAAUGAUAUACAGAAUAAGCUCAUCCACCUGCAGAACUGCAUUAUCCAAGAUUUAGCCAUUGAAUCCAUUUUGACAGAUGUGAAGAGGCACUUUAAGAAGGAUCCUUUCCUAGACUCGGUAUUCGCUACCUUGCCGGAUAAUUUUUUUUCCCAUACGUUCAAACCGACUUCGAAUAACAUAGAAAAAAUGAAAAAAGAAUUUUACAUUUUGUACAGAGAAGGGGUGAAAGAAGCUUUCAUACAACAUGGCGAGAAUUACUUUUUAAAAAAAAUCAUAAGUAGGGUUGCUUCCUUUUUUUACCUAAAUUGUGAACCUAAAAUGGGCAUCCUUUUUCACCGGUCAUUGACGGAUGAUUCUUCUUUAAAGUGUAACUUGGUACAUUUGUCCUACGCCUUAAGUAGCGUGCAACAGAACCAGUUCGUCGAUGCUCUGCGCUAUAUUGAUGAGCUCACCGGCAGCUGCAAAACGACCUUUUCGCCCUUCAGCGAGCACGUCCGAAAUGUGGUUCUCUUCAGAUACUACUUGCGGCUUGCUGUGUCCAGGCUGAUGCUGGCCGGCAAGGCUUUGCGCCUGGCGGAGUAG